AAAAUAAUAAUUUACAUAAAAAGUUCAAAAAAUCAACUAAAAGUAUGUAGUAUCACAAAGAAAUAUCAUUUAAAAUUUUGUGGAGUUUGAUAUAUGCAACAAUUGAACACGUGGUGGCUAGGCGACAGGGUACAGCCUUCAUAAUCGACAUCAUGUUGUCAGGUACGUCGGCAAGAGGAAUGGCCCGAGGGGUGCUGACUGUGAAAUCUUUUAAUCAUGCAUUAAAUAUUGGUUUACAGAGUACACUCUUUCAUUAAGGAGGUGCCUCCCAUGUCAGGUCAUGAUUUUAUAUUUAUAUUAAUAACUGAUCAACUGUUCGACUUUUUCAAUUGUUUAACUUUCACGAAAUGAAAAAUAUAUACAGCGCAUACUUUUUGCAUAAUUAUCUGCCAAAGUUACAUUUUUAAUGUUUUGGGGUUGUACAAAUAAGGAGAAUUUAGUUUAUUGCAGAACUGAAACUUUUUAGGUUUAACUGCAAUGCCACUGGCUACUUCAUAAUAUGGUUUGCAUUUCUAUCACAAAAACUUAUUUCAUGUUUCUUGGCUGUCAAAAUAGUACAAAUUUGAGAAUUUUUAAUUGUCAGGUGAAAUUAAUUAAUAUUUUCUGAAAGAAAUUCAAACCAUUUCUUGAAGUAGCCAGUGGCAUUGUAGUAAAACCUAAAAAGAUUCAGUUCCGCAUAAAAUUUAAUACUCCUUAUUUGUACAACCCAAAAACGUAAAAAAAAUGUAACUUUGGCAGCUAAUUAUGCAAAGAGUAUGCGCUGUAUAUAUUUUUCAUUUCGUGAAAGUUAAACAAUUGAAAAAGUCUAAAAGUUUAUCUGUCAUUACUGUAAAAAUAACAUCUUGACCUGAAAUAGGAGGCACCCCCUUAACCUAUAAAAUGACUACGCAUGUAAUAUAGAUAGCUUAAAAAAUAACAGGGUUUUAUUGUUGACGAGUACACUUUAAAAUUGGUUAGUAUUUACCAGUUAAUAAAUUGCGCAAGUGUUACAUUAAGCAUUUUUGUAAAGUUGGUACAAUGUAGGUAUUUGCAAACUGGUGAAAAUAGAAGACUAAUAUGUAACUUACUUUUAUACCUGUUUGAAUUAAUACUAAUGUUAAAAUAUUUGUUUGCAGGUUACCUUCAGCGUCUAUGCAAUGAUACGUAUUUGAGUUUUUGAACGUUGAUCGAAACUCAUGGACGUCCAAUGCAGUCUAGACAAAGAAGAGUGUUGCUGUUUUAACACACUAUGCUGCAGAGCAUCAUAAAAGAAUUAUGGACUCAAGGAAGAAGACUUUAAUGGGGGAUAAACUAUUAACUGCAGGAGCCAAGUUUGAAGAAGGUGUUACCAUCCUGGAAGCCUUCUCGGCGACUGGACUACGCAGCAUCAGGUAUGCCCGAGAGGUGCCAGGAGUGAAGCGGGUGCUGGCCAAUGACAUCUCGGAGCUGGCAGUCAAGAGCAUCACGGCCAACAUAGCCCACAACCAGGUGCAGGGGCUCGUCUCCACCAGCCACAACGACGCGGCAAUGGUGAUGUACGAGCACCGCAAGCAGACGGAGAGGUUUCAUUGUGUGGACCUGGACCCUUAUGGCUGCCCAUCUGCGUUCCUGGAUGGCGCGGUGCAGUGUGUGAGGGAUGAGGGUGUGCUACUGGUCACGUGCACAGACAUGGCUCUCCUCUGCGGCAACACGCCUGAAACCUGCCAUGCCAAGUAUGGGGCCAUCUCUCUCAAGAGUAAAGCAUGCCACGAAAUGGCCUUGAGAAUAGUGCUGCAAUGCAUUGAAUCCCACGCAAACCGUUAUGGUCGAUACAUCGUGCCAUUGCUCUCCGUCAGCGCAGACUUCUAUGUUCGAGUGUUCGUGAGGGUGCGAACAAGCGCAGCUGCGUGCAAGCAGAGCGUCAGCAAGCUGGGCAUGGUGUACCAGUGCGUGGGGUGCGACGUUGUCAACCUGCAGCCUCUGAUGACGGGUGGGGCUCGGGGGGCAGAGUCCCAGGCCAAGCUAUCCCUCCCCCACGGUCCCCCCGUCACGCAGCUGUGCCAGCACUGCAGCCACCGCCAUCACGUUGGAGGACCCAUUUGGAUUGGUCCACUUCAUGAUGUGGAGUUUGCGAUCAAUGUGCUGAAGGUUGUGAAAUUGGGAGCAUUUGCUACCCAACCUCGCAUGGAGGGUGUACUCACUGUGAUAUUGGAAGAGCUGCCGGAUGUUCCUCUCUAUUACUCUCUGGAGAGGCUGUGUGCUGUAGUGCACUGCGAAACUAUGCCGAUGCUAGCAUUCAGAUCAGCUCUUCUAAACACUGGUCACCGUGUUUCAUUCUCGCACGCCUGUCGACAGUCCAUAAAGACGGAUGCGCCCGCGGAGGUGGUGUGGGACGUAGUUCGACACUGGGUGAGGACGCACCCGGUGCGCAGCGAGCGUCUUGUGGGGGCGGCAGCGGCCAUACUAGGCAAGAAGCCAGCCACAUCAAUAGACAUGACAACCGUUCCUGAAGCCAACCCUCCAUCCAGGCAGCUGAAGCUAGUGAGGUUCCAAGAGAACCCGCGGCGCCACUGGGGGCCGGGCACGCGAUCGAACACCUGCGUUCAAGGAGAAAAUAAAAUUGAAAAAAGCAAAAGAAAUCAAGGUAAACGGAAAAGAAAAGAUGUGUCCAAGGGCAGCAGUCCAGUUCAGAAAACAAGAUGUGCCCAGAAAGAAGAGGAAGUUGUUGACUGACGAAAGGUGACAUGUUGUUAAUGUAUACAAAUAAAAAUAAUAAAUAUUUUUGGUUUCAUCA